ACCUGAACCCCGACGCUCCUCCGCCCCACUCAACCCCGCGGCUCUCGCUCGCUCGACUCCUCCCCUUCACCUCCCGGGGCGCAUUAACACCUUCCUAAUCAGUUUCCCCUUCGCAUCCCCGCACCAAUCCGCGCCGCGUUCCAAUCCAUUUCCGCCCCCUCCAAUCAUCCCCAAACCCUACCCGCCGUCGCGCCGCCCGCCGACCGCCGCCGCCCGCCCGCCCGCCGCGCUGGGGCAGGGAGGCAGGGAGGAGGAGAAGAUGGGCCGGUGGGGGAUGAAGCUCGGCGACAUGGCCGAGUUCCAGUGCUUCGUCUGCAAGGACGCCGGCGACGUCCGCGUCUGCGACUCCAGGAACUGCCUCAAGAGCUACCACCCGUGCUGCGUGGGGAAGGAGGACGACUUCAUUGAUUCCAGUGAGCAAUACGUUUGUGAUUGGCACAAAUGUGCUAAAUGCGGAAGUGAUGCACUCUAUUUAUGCUUGUGCUGUCCAAGUUCCUCUACUUGUGGAGACUGCUUUGGAAAAAUUGAUUUCAUCCCAGUGAAGCAGAGCAACGAAUUCAGCAUGGGAUUCUGCCGCAGCUGUUUUAAUAUGGCAGUAGCGACUGAGAAAGAUGACCGUGAAGAGGCAAAGGUUGCUUUCGGAGGUACCCCGGAGAACUAUGAAAUAUUGUUUAAAGAUUACUGGUCAGUACUUAAUGACAAGGAGCGUUUUACAUUGCUCGACUUGCAAAUCGCAAGUAUUCGUCAUAAAAGAAGCCUACAGUGUAAAGAAGGGAAUGAUUCGAAUGAGUAUCACAAGACAGAUGGAAAGCCAUUGGGUGACAAUGAUGGUGCUGGGCCAUCAUCUCUUCUUGACACAAUGGACAAACCAAAUGAAGUGCAAGCUACUCUGAAGAGAAAGAAGCUGGAGAAGAAAACAUAUGUUGGGUGGGCUUCAAAAGAGCUAACAGAAUUCCUAUCAUGUAUUGGUAAGAAUACAAGCACGCCUCUUGACCAUUUCAAAGUUGCUGAAGUUGUUAGGGAGUAUGUUCGACAGAAAAAUCUACAUCUACAUGAUAAGAAGAAGAAAUCUGUCAUGUGUGAUGAGAACCUGCAUUCUUUAUUUAACAAAAAGAAAAUUAAGUACAACAUGAUCCAUAGCCUGGUGGAAACGCAUCUUUCUGCAAAUGCAAUUUCAGAGGAUGAAAGUGAUGGAUCUGUGGAUGAUACUGGUUACACGGUGAAAAAGAAGCCUCGGAAUAGUUUGGAGCCAAAAAUUCCUAAGAGUGUUUCAGGAAUAGACCCAAUAAUUCCUAAGAGUGUUUCAGGAACAAACAAGAAUUGUCUUGCCGCUCUCAAUCCGAAUAACCUGAAUCUGAUUUAUCUGAGAAGAACCUUAGUUGUAAAACUUCUGACUGAGCUAGACACAUUUGAACAGAAGGUUAUUGGUUGUUUGGUCAGAGUGAAGAAUGAUCUCAAGAGUUAUACUUAUAUGAUGACUAAGAAAUAUUACCAGAUUGGACUAGUUACAGGCAUUAAGAAAUCUUCAGAAGAAUACAAGAUUAAGAAUACAUUUACAGAUGUUCUUUUAUGUGUUUCCGGUAUGUGGGAUGAUGUCAAGAUCUCGAUGCUAUCAGAAGAGGACUUUGAGGAGGAUGAGUGCAAUGAUCUUCUGAAGUCGGCCAAGAAAGAGCUCUUCAAAAGGCCUACUGUUGCUGAGUUAGAGGAAAAAGCGGCAAGUGUACAUGCAGACAUAGUAAAUCAUUGGUUUGAUAAGGAGCUUCGAAAAUUGGAAAUGGAGUUGGAACGAGCGCGUGAGAAGGGGUGGCGUCAGGAUAUCCAUGACAUAAGUUGUCAGAAAAUGCUUCUAAGCACACCAGAAGAAAGACAGCGCCGUCUUGAGGCGACCCCGGAAGUUAUUCCAGAUGCUGAAGGGGAGAGUAAAGAAACCGGGAUUGAAUCAGCAGUGAACAUUCCUUUUCAAGGGAAUCGAGCAGGAGAAAGACAGCAACGUCUUGAGGUGAUCCCCGAAGUUAUUCCAGAUGCAGAAGAAGGGAGUAAAGAAACUGAGAUUGAAUCAGCAGCAAGGAGCCCUUUUCAAGGGAGUCGAGGUGUGAUACAGACAGUAGUUGACCCUUUGGAAGUUGGUAUAGAUGAAUCACUAGAAGGUGCAUCUCUGCGACAUGACGCUGCCUGUGAAGUUGUUUUUGAAGCUGCCGGCAAAGCCCUCUGUAAUGGUGGCACUCCUGGUCCUGGAUUGCACACUCAACUGAACAAAGCUGCCGGCAAAGCCCUCUGUAGUGGUGGCACUCCUGGUCCUGGAUUGCACACACCAUUGAACACAGCUGCCGGCAAAGCCCUCUGUAAUGGUGGCACUCCUGGUCCUGGAUUGCACACUCAAUUGAACACAGCUGCCGGCAAAACCCUCUGUAAUGGUGGCACUCCUGUUCCUGGAUUGCACACUCCAUUGAACGCAGUUACUGGAGUCAUUGAUAUCGACAACGAGGAUGAUGGAAAUGGUCCUAGUCAUCACACUGGUGGUGACAAGGAAUAUGUCAUCGAUCUGGUCAGUGAUGACGACGAGGAUGUUCACAUGGAGCAGCGUGAGCGAGAACGGGCAAAAUGUGAUGGACCAGUAGCCGUUAAUGGGAUCGCUGCGCAUGCACAUGAUGGACCGGAAGCUGUCAAUGGGGUCACCGUACCUACAGUCCAUGCUUCCAAUGAUCUGGAUGGAAACACGGGGCCUGCAUGCAGUACGUCACAAGCCAUGGUGCGUGAUCCUGUAACUGUGAAUGGGACAGGCAAGUCAGAUCAAGGGUGGAUGUACAUAGAUCCUCAGGGGCGAGAGCAUGGGCCAUACCCAAUGGCUCAAAUGCGGGAGUGGCAGCAAAGUGGGUACUUCCCUGAGGGCUUCCGCGUGUGGAGAGCAGGGAGAUCAAGGCGGGGGAGAGCCUCCAUGUUGCUGAUAGAUGCCAUGCGGCUGCAUUAGUGCAGUGGCCUUUUUGCGUUGCAUUCUGCUUGGAAAGCUUUGGGAGUACAAUUUUGUUCGUUCCUUUGCUUAAUUGUAACUGAGCUGGGCACCAUUAUAGUUGAUAUGUUAUUGUGGAUAUUUGGUUUGGGUAGGAGAUGGUCAGAGUGGAAAACUCUCUUGCUGUACAGUCAACUCCUUGCUCCUCUCUAUUUUAGCAACAUAGUCAUUUUUAGCGAAUUUUGAUACAGGUAAUUCCCAUAGCAUAGAAGUUCAGAUUUGUUUUGUGUUGUCAGUGUAGAUUGGAUCUUGACAGCAAUAGUUUGGGCCUAAUUGAUUCAUGCCCGCAUUUUGUUGAAUAAAAGCUGGUAAACUUUUGACUUUUCA